CUCUCUCUCUCUCUCUCUCUCCAAUUAUUUUAUCUUUGCAAAAUAUCACACUUAACAAAAACCAGACUGGUUUUCAGUUUCAGCUAAUAGCCUUGACCAUGUCACCUGUUAAGCCUUGAGCUUCCCCCAAGAUGCUUCUGUCUCCUAACCUUCAAGCUGAUGUCUUUUUUUUGCUAAUCUUCUGUUAUUUGAAUGUUUCUUCAGUGUAGAGGUGGUGUUCCAGUUUUUCUGAGGUGGGCUUUUUUUCUAUAUGGAUUUUGGGGUGGUUGGUUUGGAGGGGUUUGUGGGUUCAGACACUAGUAGUAGUUGUUUUGCUUCUCUUGCUACUUCAGAUCCUGAGAUAAAGCAGAAGUGGUACGGAUCUGGGGUUCUCAAGCAAGAGAGAUCUGGUACUACGUCUGAAGAUGAUUGUAGGAGCUCUAAACUGUCAAAAACUGAGUCAAUGCUGCUUCCUCAGAGAAACACUUUACUCAAAUCUAAUACCACUACUUCUACUACUACUACUCUUUUCCCUGAUGGUCAUCAACAUCAGCAGAUGCUGAGCUUCUCCCGUCCCAAAUCAGAAGCUCUUUCAGUGGAGAGGAGUACUCAGAAUGCCACAUUGCCUUACUUUCAACUUACUUCUUCUGCUUAUAAUAGAAAUACAGGAUACAACUAUGGAAGCUUCAAUAGUGCAAACAUGCAUGGGGUUUUGGCUGAGGCUAGAGGGCCAUUUACUCCUUCUCAGUGGAUGGAGCUUGAACACCAGGCCUUGAUCUACAAAUACAUAACUGCUAAUGUCCCUAUACCUUCUAAUCUGCUCAUCCCUAUAAGAAAAGCUCUCGAUUCUGCUGGGUUCUCUAACUUUUCAGGCGGACUCCUCAGACCCAAUACAUUGACUUGGGGAAAUUUCCAUCUGGGGUUCUCGAACAACACCGAUCCAGAGCCAGGACGGUGUCGAAGAACGGAUGGGAAAAAAUGGCGGUGCUCAAGAGAUGCGGUUGCCGAUCAGAAGUAUUGUGAGCGGCAUAUAAACCGGGGCCGCCAUCGUUCAAGAAAGCCUGUGGAAGGUCAAUCUGGCCAUUCCGCUGCUGCUGCUACAUCCACCACCGCUGCCUCUUCCUCAUCCUCUAUUUCAGCAGCUGUGGUGGGGCUCCGUGGCGGAGGCGGCGGCACGUCCAACAGCCUCGCCAUUGCACAGCAGCAGCAGCGCAAAAACUUGCAGUCAGAUAGUCUAUCUAAUCUUUCUGCAGUUACUCCCCUCAGCAGGAUGUUUCUUGAUAAAGAGAAAUUGGGUGAGCGACAGCAAGAUUCACCCGGCUUGUCCAUGCUAUCAUCUAACGUUGACCUGAAAUCUAAAGAAAACCCUUUCUUUAUUUCAAAAGAAUCAUCACAGAUUGAGUUCGGACUUGUUAACUCUGACUCACUACUCAACCCUUCACAGAAUAGCUCUUCCUUGAUCAGUUGCAGAAACUUGGGUUCUUCUCAGGACAUCACUGACCGAGAAACUGCUGGACAGCAUUCUGUUCGCCAAUUCAUGGAUGAUUGGCCUAAAAGCCAGUCUGAUCGAUCUGCUGUUUCAUGGCCUCAACUCGAUGGGCAAUCAGAUAGAACCCAGUUGUCGAUUUCAAUCCCCAUAGCCCAUACAGACUACAUGUCCUCCACUUCCUCUCCAAACAAUGAAAAAGUGACCCUCUCCCCAUUAAGAUUAUCUCACGGUUUGAAUCCUAUACAAAUGGGGCUCGGAGUUGGUAGUGUUCUUAAUGAACAAAACCGAAGGCAAGCAAAUUGGAUACCCAUCUCUUGGGAAUCUUCUAUGGGUGGUCCUCUCGGGGAGGUUUUGCACAGUACAAACAGUAGUGUCUCAGAAUGCAAGAGUUCAUCAGUACUUAACCUCAUGACAGAGGGAUGGGUUUGUAGUCCUCAGGUAGGUUCAUCUCCAACUGGGGUCUUGCAGAAGACUUCAUUUGCUUCACUUUCAAAUAGCAGUGCAGGAAGCAGCCCAAGAGCAGAGAACAACAAAGCCAGCGAGGGGGCAAGCUGCAAUAACCUUCUUGGUUCAACUCUAGUUCAUUCUUCUUCAUUGCCUGCUUUGUAACUAUUUGAUCUGCCAAUUAAGUUUUGGUGAUGGAAGAAUUAGAUGAAGAAGAAUGAAUUUUUAUCUGUGCUGACAAAUGAUGGAACGAUUUUCAUCAUAUGUUGUUUUCUUAUCUUUCUUUUCGUUCUUUUUUUUUUCCUGGAAAAUUUAUUUGAUAAUAUGUAUCUCGUCCGUGCUUUUGCUUAGUAAAUGCUGCUGACUGAUUAGAAGGCUCUAGCCUAGGAGAAGACUAAGUAGUGUGGAAUUAUGGCUGUGAAUUAAGAUUUUGAUUUUCUUCA